UAUCACAACCAACACCACACCACCUUAGUUCAAAACAAAAAACAUUGCUCUCAUUGCCCACAUUACCUAUUCAUCUUUUCGGAACCCUAACCCCAAACCAAAACUGUCUCAUCAUCAAACACAGUUUUUUUCUCUGCUUCUUCUUCUUAUUGUCGAUGCUCCGUUUUGGUGAUACAAAAGCUCAAACAGGGAGGGUUCCUUUGUUAAAUGCUCUCUCUCUUCUUCUUCUUCAAACCCUUUUCCCCUUUCAUGUCUUCAAUUACUGCCUCUCCUCUUUCAGGGUCUCCAAAAACCCUACUUUUUGAUUUCUCUAUACCUAACCCUUCUCCUCUUUUUCAUACUUCUAAAUUCAUAUUCAAUUUUAGCUUAUUGGGUCUUUCACUUCGAUCUCUUCAGCAACAUGAGUGAUUCUAAGGUGCUACUAUUUGGCUCAUUUACUGAAGAUGAAACAAAAUCAUUGCGGGUGAAGAAGUCAUCUGGGAAAAACGAAAAGCCCGUGCAGAAGAAUCAGCUGCAGUUUGGUUCUCUUAAUUCUGUUACUGUCGAGUCAAGCAACCUGCCAAAAUCACCAAAAGCACCAGAUAGUGCUCCUCUCCCUGAUUCUCGGAAACUUAAUGGAGAAAACGGUGUCAGUGCUAAUUUACCUGAAGAAUCAGCAAUUCUAAAACAGAAUGGCAGCAUUGCUAACUUUUUGCCUAGUCCCGCAAGUAUCACUAGUGCAAACCAAGUUAAAGAAAAUAGUGUGUGUUCCGUUACAUCAAUUAAUGAAAAUGGUACUGAGAACCAGUUUACAAAUUUGAGCCUGGACGCGUCUGAGGCUGAAAGUUUGAAGAGCGAGUUCAAAAUUGGCAGUGGUGAUGAUUCUUCAUCGAAGUUGUUUAACAAAGACUUAAGAAAGGCACCUAAUGGGCAUGCUGUUACGCAUGUUAAGGAUCUGCAGCCUCGAGGCCUUAUUAACUCUGGGAAUUUAUGCUUUCUUAAUGCAACCAUGCAAGCUCUCUUGGCUUGUUCUCCUUUUGUUCAGCUUUUGCAGGAAUUAAGAACUCGCAACAUUCCUAAGGUUGGCUAUCCCACGCUGAAAGCAUUUGCUGAGUUCAUAACUCAAUUCGACAUGCCAAGCGGAAUAAAAUUGAAGACGAAAGAUACCGAUUCUUUUGAGUUUGGACGUGCAUUUUGCCCUGUUAUCUUUGAAGAUGUUCUGAAAAAUUUUACUCCAGAUGUGCCAAAUGGCAUUUCAGGAAGACCAAGGCAGGAAGAUGCUCAGGAAUUUCUGAGCUUUGUAAUGGAUCAAAUGCACGAUGAAUUACUGAAGCUUGAAGGACAGUCUUCAAGUCUUAAUGGUAGCAAAUCUUCUCUAAUUUCUUCUGUGGAGGAUGAUGAAUGGGAAACAGUGGGGCCAAAGAAUAAAUCUGCAGUUACAAGGACUCAAAGCUUUGUUCCCUCAGAGUUAAGUGGUAUUUUCGGAGGACAACUCAGAAGUCUGGUGAAAGCUAAAGGAAAUAAAGGUUCUGCAACUGUUCAACCAUAUCGUUUGCUCCAUCUUGACAUUUAUCCGGAUGCUGUUCACACCAUUGAGGAUGCCCUGCACUUGUUUUCUGCCCCAGAAACUCUUGAAGGGUACCGAGCUUCAGUCAGUGGAAAGGCUGGGCUUGUGACUGCGAGAAAAUCUGUAAAGAUACAGACACUUCCUAAAGUAAUGAUAUUGCACCUGAUGCGUUUUGGUUAUGGAAGCCAGGGAAGCACCAAGUUGCUGAAGCCCGUGCGCUUUCCUCUUGAGUUGGUAUUGGGCCGUGACCUGCUUGAUUCACCAUCUAUCGAGGGUCGAAAAUAUGAACUUGUUGCUACAAUUACUCAUCAUGGAAGGGAGUCUUCAAAAGGACACUACACAGCUGAUGCUCAGUACCCCAACGGUCGGUGGCUACGAUUCGACGAUGCAUCUGUCUUUGCUAUUGGAGCAAAUAAGGUGCUGCAUGAUCAAGCAUAUGUUCUUUUCUACAAACAGAUAUAAACAUAUACAUAUUACUCUGUUGAUAUCUAUCUACUCACUUUUGAGUGAUUAUUUGAGAUGGUCUUAUACUUAAAUUCCCAUUGAUUGGGGCUCAGGUUAUUUAUGUGUCAUAAAUGUUGGUUCCAAUCUUAGUGUAUGAUGAGAGUAAUUGUUGUAUCAUUCUUUUUUCUCGUUAUCUAAACCAUGAAAAGUUUUGUAGUCCUAGUUUAGGACGUGAACAUAUAAUCAUGUUAUAUUUGAAGGCGUAUAUGAAAUGCUGGUUAUUGUAAAGUUUCACUUAGAUUGCGAGAAAUUGGGAUUCAAA